AUGUCGUAUCUCGCUUCCGCCCGCUACGGCAAGGACAAUGUCCGCGUCUACAAGGUCGAGCGCAACGGCGCCACUCAGACCGUCACCGAGAUGACCGUCUGCUGCCUCCUGGAGGGCGACAUCGACGUCUCCUUCACGGCCGCCGACAACAGCGUCGUUGUCGCCACUGACUCCAUCAAGAACACCGUUUACAUCAAGGCCAAGGAGAACCCCGUCAACCCGCCCGAGCUCUUCGCCUCCAUCCUCGGCGCUCACUUCCUCGACACUUACGCCCACAUCCACACCGCCAACGUCAAGAUCGUCCAGCACCGCUGGACCCGCAUGACCGUCGACGGACGGCCGCACCCCCACUCAUUCUACCGCGACGGCGAGGAGACCCGCAACGUUGAGGCUCGCGUCUCCCGCCGCGACGGCAUCGCCCUCACCAGCGCCAUACAGAAGCUCACUGUACUCAAGUCCACCGGCUCCGCCUUCCACGGCUUCGUCCGCGACGAGUACACCACCCUCCCCGAGACCUGGGACCGCAUCCUCUCCACCGACGUCGACGCCGGCUGGACCUGGGCGUUCCCAGACCUCGCCGCCGUCCGCGCCGCCGUCCCCAAGUUCGACCCCGCUUGGCAGGCCGCCCGCGACAUCACCAUGAAGACCUUUGCCGAGGACGAGAGCGCCAGCGUCCAGAACACCAUGUACAAGAUGUGCGAGCAGAUCCUCGCCGCCGUCCCCGAGACCCUGACUGUCACCUACUCUCUGCCUAACAAGCACUACUUUGAGAUCGACCUGAGCUGGCACAAGGGGCUGCAGAACACCGGCAAGGACGCCGAGGUCUACGCUCCGCAGUCCGGGCCCAACGGUCUCAUCAAAUGCGAGGUCGCCCGCAAGCUCGGGUCAUCCAAGCUAUGA